GACUCGGUUACCUACUUUUGAGGAAGCGAUCCGGGAGUCUUCUAAGUCUGGCGCAUCUGCUUUAGAGCAAGAAGAAGAUUUCCGAGGCUGUAAAGUUCACUUGUUGACUAAUCAGGCGUCUUCAUAUGAAGAAAGCGCAGCCCCUGGAUUACCUCUGGAAACCUGUUGCUGCCAAACACUAUGCAAAUUCCCUACUGGUUAG